AUGAAAAGAACUACAACCCCCAUAAGGUCAACGGCUCGUAUAGGGUUGACGUGUAUAUGUUCGUACUGUCGGCGCAGAUACUGAAUGAACAUCUCUUGUACAGUCGUCUGUAACAUAUUGUGUUGGAGACAUGGCUGGAGAAAUGUCAAUAAUAGGUUCUGUCAUCCUGGCUUUAUUCCUAGCAGGAUAUCUAGGACAGCAGUACCUGCCUCCCCCAAAGCCCAGGGUCAUCGGGUUAGAUCUUGGGACCACGUUCUGCUCCGUGGGAGUGUUUCACCCUGGCACAGGCGAGAUUGAGGUUAUUGAAGAUGACAAAGGUCGCAAAAGCAUCCCGAGUGUGGUGUCGUUCACCCCUACUGGCGUUUUUUCUGGACAUGAGGGCCAGGAAUUGUCUGACAUAAAUCCUCAAAACACAAUCUACGACGGCAAGAGAUUUAUAGGGAAGAUUUUUGACAAAGAGAGUUUAGAGAGAGAGAGUACACGAUACCCGUUCAAGGUUAUAUUCAACAAUGGGAGUGCAGAAUUCCUAGUCUCUACAAACAGCACCUUCACAGUUACUCCUGAAUUCAUAGGAUCCCGUCUCCUCCUCAAAAUGAGAAAGAUGGCGGAGAAGCAACUGGGAGUUCCUAUUAAUAAAGCCGUCAUAUCAGUACCGGCAGAGUUUGAUGAGAGGCAAAGAAACUACACCAUAAGAGCUGCUAACCUAGCUGGGCUGGACAUUCUGCGGGUGAUCAACGAGCCCACCGCGGCUGCAAUGGCUUAUGGACUGCAUAAGGCAGAAGUGUUUAAUGUGCUGGUUGUGGAUUUGGGAGGAGGAACACUAGAUGUGUCACUUCUCAAUAAGCAGGGUGGCAUGUUCCUCACCAGGGCAAUGGCAGGUAAUAACAAGCUUGGAGGGCAGGAUUUUACCCAGCGUUUGUUGCAGUACUCCAUGGAGCGAGUGCGGCAGCAGUACGGCGUACCCCCUACUCUUAAAGAAGACAUCCACCUUCUCCGACAGGCUGUAGAGGCUGCCAAACUCAACCUCACCCAGGACCCUCAAGUUCAUCUCCAAGUUCCUCUUCACCUGCAGACAACAGGAGAGAACGGAGCACAAGAGGAAAAAGUCCUGUUUCAGGAGAAGCUGACGCGGGAACUCUUCGAGGAGCUCAAUGCGGAUCUCUUCCAGAAGAUUCUGGCACCUAUUGAAACCGUCCUCACAGAGGGCCAUUUAGAGAAAGAGGAGGUGGAUGAGAUUGUCCUGGUCGGAGGAUCUACGAGGAUCCCCCGCAUUAGACAGCUCAUCAGUCAGUACUUUGGGAAGGACCCAAACACCUCUGUCGACCCUGACCUGGCUGUGGUGACCGGGGUGGCCAUUCAGGCAGGCAUCAUGGGCGGCUCUUGGCCUCUCCAGGUCAGCGCGAUUGAAAUUCCCAACAGGCACCUUCGCAAGACCAACUUCAGUUGAUCGGUCGAGAGACUUAAACUGCUACCUGGGCAUUUGUCAAGUGACUGUUCCGUGCCAACAAGCCAAAAACUGGUUAAACAACAUUUGUUUAAUGUCUUUGCUUCCUUAAAUGCAUUAGCUUUGCAAUGAAUGUGGGCCAAACACAUUCAUGGUUACUAGAGCAUUUGUUUUUAAUGUCUGGAGUUGUUGGCCCAAAUCAUAAUUUGUAUGUUUAUCUUCAGAACAGAUGCAGAGUAUUUAUUUAGAUCUUCAUUAUAUAAAUAGCGUUGAGAGAAUGUUUUUUCUCCUGCAAGUGUCUGCUUGGGACAAUAUCGGUUAGUUUAUUGCCAUCUGUGUGCCUAACUGGUACUAACUGUGCAAUAAGUCUUUUACAACUGGUUCUGGCAGGUUUAAUGAUGUUGUAUUCAGGGAAGCAGCUGUUUGUAUAUAACUGAAUAAUCAUUCCAAUCUCAGCUAUUUAUUUAUUUAUUUUGCAGAGGCUAGCUAUCUCAUCAGCUAGCUGUUUUUGUCUACUGGAGUUUUGCUUGUGCCUUUUUAUAAUUUCCACAUUUAAAUGUGUUUGUUAGACUAAGCAUAGUCUGAUUUUUAUUUUAUUUUAAAAGACUUAUGUGAGUUUUUGUUUUUCUAAUAGCGUUAAAUAUUAGUGUUGAAGUAAACGGUAACUGUCGACGGUUAAAUACAAAUCAUCUAAAAUAUACCAGCAUGACCAAUGUGGUAUUAAAGGGUUAGGUCAUUAAUUACUCACCCUCAUGUCGUUCCACAUCCAUAAGACCUUCGUUCAUCUUCGGAAUACAUAAGAUAUUUUUGAUGAAAUCCAAGGGGUUUUUUUAUCCCCCAUUGAAAGCAACAAAAUUACCAUUUUCAAGACACAGAAAGGUACUAAAGACAACGUUAAAAUAGUUCAUGUGACUACGGUGGCUUUUUGAAGCUGCGAAAAUACUUUUUGUGUGCAAAAACGAAACAAAAAUAACGACUUUAUUCAACAAUUUCUUUUCUACCCCGUCAGUCUCCUACGCUGUUUACGUUGUAGAGACACCGCAGCGCUUCCAGGUUCUACGUCAGAACACCGGCUCAGUAUAAAGUCAUUAUUUUUGUUUUAAUUUUGCGCACAAAAAGUAUUCUCGUCGCUUCAUAACAUUAAGGUUGAACCACUGUAGUCAAAUGGACUAUUUUAACGAGGUCUUUAGUACCUUUCUGGACCUUGAAUGUGGUAAUUUUGUUGCUUUCAAUGGGGGAUAAAAAAAAAUCUCUUGGAUUUCAUCAAACAUCUUAAUUUGUGUUCCGAAGAUGAGCUUCUUUUUUAACUGGUUUUUCGGGUGUGGAACGACAUGAGGGUGAGUAAUUAAUGACAGAAAUUUUAUUUUUAGGGUGAACUAACCCUUUAAGUUCAGGAAAUCUUCAGCUUUUUAUAAUAAUGUGAAAUACAAGAAAGUAUAUUUAAUCAUAUGGACCAAAAUAAGAUACUAAACUAGCUUUUUGUGUUUGCCUGUUUUGUUUACAUAAUACUAAACGCGAAGUGUGAACUUAGUUUAAUGCACUUUACAUAUAGAAGUCCAGAACACAGUAAAGAAGUCAAAAGGGAAAAGAGUUAUGCUACAUUUAUAAGUGUGAGUGUUGUAAAUGCAUAUCCAAACUUUUUCCUGUAAUUCUUUUCAAAAUAUUGAAUGGUUAUAAUUCUAUUUUUGUAAAAGUCCUGUACCAUUUCAUAUUUGUUUUGUUAAGCACAAUACCUGGUUUGUGUGUGUCAUUAAAGUCCUUUAACUUUUGCUACUGUGCAAAGAACUACAAA